AUGAGUCGAGUGGCAUUGAUCACUGGCGGCACCAGUGGGAUAGGAUUCUCUGUUGCUGAGGCAUUAAGCAAAUCGGGCAACUGGCAGAUCAACAUUAUUGGGAAUAAUGAAGCUAAAGGACAAAACGCGGCCGCGACGCUCCUAAACACCAGCUUCUACAAGGCCAAUGUAUCUGAGUAUGAGGAACUCGCGAUAGUGUUCGAAACUGUCUUCAAAAAGGCUGAACGAUUGGACUUUGUCUUCGCCAAUGCCGGUAUACCUGAAUACACCGAUAUCUUCGCCAAUCAGCCCUCGUCAGGGGUUCCACCUAAGCCGGGGCUGGAUCUUCUCGGCAUUAACCUAAACGGCUCCAUUUAUACAAGUUACCUAGCUGUCAACUAUUUUAGAAGAUCGCCUGAGUCCGCGAAGGGAAACCAAAGUUUGCUUCUUACGGCUAGCAUCGGCGGGCUGUACCCUUGCAUGUUAUCACCUGUCUACUCAAGCUCAAAACAUGCAUUGAUCGGUUUCGUUCGCUCUAUCGGCGAUCGCCUUUUCAAGGAAGGCAUUCGCGUCAACACCAUUUGUCCGGGCGUGGUAAAGACGCCUCUUUUGAACGAUCAGCUUCUUUCAUACUUCCCCGCCGAUGUCCUCAUACCCAUUGAGGCAGUUACAGAGGUCGCAAUGAAAACUGUCCUAGAGGAUAGCAUCAAGGACAGUCGGGGUGUUCUUGUGACAGCAGAAGAAUUACAUUCACAGGCCAUACAUAUAACCGGGAAGGGGUUUUAUUUUAUUGACCAACCGCCAAUUAACGACGAAGAGGCUCAGACUACGUGGGAUUGCAUGAUGGGUUGGAGAUAG